CGCCGGGAUGGGGCCCGGUGGCCCCGGGAGCGGCUGGCCGCUGGCCGGGACCGUGCUGGUGGCCGUGGCCGCCUCGCUGGUGGCUGGGGGCGAGGACUGCCUGUGGUACGUGGACAGGAACGGCUCGUGGCACCCGGGCUUCGACUGCGACUUCCUCACCUUCUGCUGCGGGACCUGCCACCAGCGCUACUGCUGCCGGGACCCCCUGAGGCUGCUCAGCCAGAGGCAGCAGCGCCACUGCCUCGCCUUCAGCCCCAAGACCCUGGCGGGCAUCGCCUCAGCCGUCGUGCUCUUCAUCGCCAUCGUCACCACCAUCGUCUGCUGCUUCAUGUGCUCCUGCUGUUACCUCUACCAGCGCCGGCAGCGCCUCCGCACCCCCCUGCAAGCCCCCGAGAUCCCGCUCUCCAGCUACCCCCCUGCGCCACCCCCCGCCCCUUUCCCAGGGGACCCCAAAGCCGGGCCUGUGCCCCCCCAGCCCGGCUUCACCCCCAUGGCCAUGUACCCGCCGCCUGGCCCCGCUGCCCACUACCCGCUCUACCCCUCCGGCCCCCCCGUCUACAAUCCCACAGCACCUCCACCCUACGUCCCGGCACAGCCCAGCUACCCCGGAGCCUGAGCACCCGCGGGCACCCCGGCACCCCCCUGCUCCCCGCCGCCGGCCAGCGGGGACGAGCUGGGGACCCUCAUCCCCCAGCGCUGGGGCCGGGGGGGCACCGGGAUGGCGGCCGGAUCAGCCCCUUUCCCGGCCGUCCCGGGGAUGACCCCGUGCCAGCAGCACAGGGCGGCCCUUGUCCCGCACACUGGGCCCUUUGUGGGUGCCUCCAGCCCGGCUAUGGGUGCCAACAGCCCCGUGCACCCAUGGAAGGGGGGGUGGUGGUGCCUGGAGGCCCCCCCGACGGCUGUGCAUCAGCGCAGCCCCGCACGCCCGCCGCCAGAUCCGGCCCCGCAUCUUCUCCUCCCCCCGGGGUUGGCAUUAAAGCGCAUCU